UAAAAACACAAUUCUCGUUUUUUCCACUAUAAAUUCGUGGAAAAGAGAUGUCACAUAUAUCAUUUUGCUUAUAUCAAAAACUAAGAAACAAAAGCACCUCUGAGAUAUCCACAGCUCCAAACCAUGGAGAUCAACAUUGAAGAAAAUCGUCAAUACGAAGAAUCAACGGAAUGGUUCGUAAAAUACCUGGACCGACAAGGCGAUUGGCUAGAGAAAACAAGAGGAAAUCUAAUGGUUGCAGCAACGGUUAUAGCCGCUAUGAGCUUUCAAGUUAUGGUUAAUCCUCCAGGUGGCGUAUGGCAAAGUGAUGAGUGUUCUUUCGGAAAAAAGUGCACGUGGAAAGCCGGAACUUCGGUACUGCAGCACAGGAAGCAUGGACUCUAUGUUCGAAUGGUUAUUAGCAGUACAGUAUCAUUUUCUGCCUCCAUGACUAUCAUUCUCCUCGUCAUCAGCGGUUUACGACUCAGGAACCGGUUCAUAAUGGGAAUCCUGGUAACUUUCAUGCUGGUGGCGGUUAUUUGUAUAUCGGCGGGAUUUAUCUUCGCGGUGGCGUUGGUUAAUUCCGAGGACGAUUACAUUAUUUAUAUAGUAUUGAUUUAUGUGGCAGUCUGGAUUGUGUUUCCUAUUUUAAUAAUCACAAUCCAACUCGUUCGAUUUAUAGGUUGGCUUAUUUGUUUCAUAUGCUGUUGUCGUCCACGUCGACGGCGUUCCCCUCGACGGCUGCCACCAUUGGCUCCAUCUCUUGCGCAUUAACGAAGAGGAGGAAUGAUCAGUGGCUCGAACCCGCGUAUGAAAUAAAUAAAAAAUGGUGAUCACUAGAAGAAAAGUCUCCCAUGUUCAUUAUUAGAAGGUUUAACGUUGUUUGUAUUUGAUGGGUUUGUAUUGUGUAAUUUAACUGCAUCUGUUUUGUUAAUAUUUUUCUGUGUGAAUCGUAAGAAAAACAUCGUGUGAACAAAUAGUUAAGGUGCAAUUUAUAAGCCUCUCUUUUAAACAUAACUAGGUAUAUAA